AUGAGCUGCAGUGGAUGCCGGGUGUUAAGGCGAGGGUGCAAAGAAAAUUGCACCCUAAGGCCGUGUUUGGAAUGGAUCCAAAACCCGCGGGCCCAAGCCAACGCCACAAUGUUCCUCUCCAAAUUCUUCGGCCGCAGCGACCUCAUCUCCUUCAUCUCCGCCGUGCCGGAAAACGAGAGGCCCGCUUUAUUCCAAUCGCUGAUGUUUGAGGCGUGCGGGAGGACGGUGAACCCGAUCGGCGGGGCGGUGGGGCUGCUGACCACCGGAAACUGGCACAUCUGCCAGGCGGCGGUGGACACGGUUCUUGCCGGAGGGGAGCUGCGGCCGCUGGCCGUCGGGAUUACGGCCCCGGUGGGGCACGGGGCGCCGGUGGCCAUGGAUGGGCCCGCCGGAGGAUGGGGCUGCGUGGACAAUACGGUGUCGUUUGGGUCGGAUUUGUCGGAGGUGUCGCGUGGGAGCGGUAGUGAGGAUAAUGGGCCUGUAAGGGCCGACGGCCAAAAGCCCAACCUUUUAAACCUUUUUCCUUAA